AUGGUGAACACCAGAUCCAAAAUCAAGAAAAUCCAGAACACCAUAAACCUCUGGUUCUCAAAGGCUGCCAUGGCGGACAACAAUCAUCUGGCCACGGAGUCUGGAGCUCUGAUCGGUUCCAACGACGAUCUUUUAAUUGAAAUCCUUCUCCGAUUGCCUGUAACCUCUGUUCUUCGAUUCAAAUCUGUAUCCAACAGUUUGUAUAUUCCAUUUGAUGAUGAGAACGAAAGCAUUCCUCCUUUUCGUAAUCUCGACUUCUAUCCUGAUCCCCAUGGUAUUAGAAUCUUGCAAUCUUGUAACGGGUUGCUGCUUUGUCGUAGCAACGAAGAGGACGAACGUGUGCAUAAAUAUUACGUAUUUAAUCCCACCACCAAGCAAUUUGCAGUCAUCCCAUCAAUUCUCGGAGGCAUGGCUGUUCGUAAAACCAUCAUAUUUAUGGCUUUGGCAUUUCAUCAAACAGAUUGUGUUCACUACAAGGUUGUUUGCUUUUACUUUCCUGAGCCUGACGAUGUGAUUAAGGUUCAAAUUUACUCCUCCGAAACAGGGAAAUGGAAGAUUUCAGAUGAUUAUAUGUCUUUACCCGAUUGCUAUAUCGACUACAUAGUUUUUUGGAAUCAAGCGAUCCACUGGUAUCAGUUCGAUGACAAGUCAUACUUUAAGCUCGACACAGAAGAAUUUCAAUCGUUGCCAUCUGAAGAUUUUGAAAACUGGGAGAUGACACUCUACUUUGGGGAGUCGCGAGGCCAUCUGCAUUUGGUGGAGAGGGUCGAUCCCAGGGAGAGCCGUUUACAGCUUAAUGUGUUUGAGAUGCUAAACGAUCAUUCAGGGUGGUUUCUUAAGUAUCGAGUUGACCUUGAUGAACUUCCAGAUGCUUACCCGGAGAUGAUCAAUAGCUAUUUUGAUCCAUUGAGCUUGGGUUAUUACAUAUUUGAUGUGUUUGAUGUGGUUAGGGGUGAACAUGAAGAAGAAGAAGAAGAAACAUUUAUGGUGAUCAGAGUUCCAGGGAAGGUCAUAAGGUAA